CGGCGGCCGAGGCUGGAGCGGCGCUGCCGGGCAGCGGGCGCACGAGGGACGCUCCCGAGGAGCUGCAGGUCGCAGCCCAGGCGGUCCGAACCCGUCGGCCGGCCGAGCCUGGAGGGAAUGGCUGAACAGCUCCGAUCUGGGCAUUUGAUAGAAUGUCAUUCAAGAAUGAGUGACGUUGAGGUGCCUAUAAGCAACUCAGAAAUUGUUGUGGCCGAUGCUUGGGGGAAAUGGAGCCCUACACGCAGGUGAUGAGAGGAGACCUCAGAGGUGAUGGGUCCAGGGCCUUUCUCCCUGUCCCACCCCAGCUCGUACCUCCAGUGGAACUUGGCUGGGGUUGUCAAGAGCUCCUUUCAUUCAUGGCAACUUCAUUUGUUAGAAAGCUUCUCUGUGUAUUUAGUAGGCAUUGUCUCCAGCAUGUACCACUGGUCUGGCUUUUCUUAGGCCCAUUAAUAGUGUGCAUGUGACAGCCUUUCAGGUACAGAUGCUCCUCGACUUGUGAUGGGGUCGCGUCCCAUUAAACACGUCGUUAAACCUGAAGUCGAACCAUCCUAAGUCAGAGACCAUCUGUAUUUGAAAAAAGUCCCUUUGCAUUCCUUGUAGGAGUUCUGGUUUUCAAGGUGAGAAAUCUGUUUGUUUGAUCAUUCUGCCCAAAGGAGAUGUGGCUUUGGGUCCUUUUUCCCACUCACCUUCCACAAUGAAUUACUUUGUCCAUAUUACCCUUAAGAAGUGACAUCCAGGUUGGAGUGUGGUCUUCUGUAUGUAGCCUCCCAAAACGCCAUUACCAUAGCUUCAUGCUUGUGUUGACACAGCCACAAUCACAGCCUCCUCAGGUGUCAGUUCUGAGACCUUCCCAUGCCUGUCACCACCCAGCAAGUGUCCCUCAUGUGCCCUGGCAGUUGGCAUUGUAAGGAGCAGCCGGGUUGUCAUGGACUGUUGCUGGUUACUACAGAGUAGUGAAGUAUAGUAAGGAUUAAUUACAGCAGAUAAUGUGCACAGUAUCAUCGAGUGCAGCAUUCUAAAAAUGAUUCUACACUUUUACUUUGAAUAAUUGGAUUUGACUAGAUUGUAGAAUCUAGGUGAAAAUGAUAGGAUUUGGUUUGGCAAAGAGCUUAGUUGUUGGUGUUUUUGGUGACAUCAUGACUGAUCACAUCCACAGUCUGUUGUAAAGAGCGAUGGUUUCCAGCGUAAGGGAGUGUUAGAUUAACAGACAAAAAUGGUAAUAAAUGUCAGACUCCACAGCUAUUCACAUGGAUCCUACCAAUGGCAAUAGAUAUAGAAAGGGUUGCCCCAUAGUCAAAAGAUUACCGGUGUGUUGUGUGGUAAAGAACGUUGCUGUCUUGAGUCUUUUUAAAAGCUGCAUUGGUGUGGUAUUAAAAACACAGGCCUUAUGCCAUACAGUCCUGGGUUUGAAUCCAGCCCCCUUCUCACAAACUGGCUGACGUGAUCAUGAACAAAUUAACUGGCCAGCUCCAAUUUGCUUCUUAAUGUUGUGAAGUGUAAAUGAGGCCAUGACUGACAGGUGGUACCUGGAAAAAGGUGCUUGUUUUUACUAAAAAGCUGUCCGAACUUUCCAGUUAAGACAGAGUUCAAAAUAAGUGAUAGUUACUUAAUGGAAAAGGAAACCUAUCCAACAUACAGUUUGAGGUUGCCUUCUAAAGAUGUGGCAUCGAGACAGAAUGUCAGAACAUUAUUUACAGGCUUCUGGGUGAGGAGGUGGCUUUGACUGAGGAGGGUAUGUGAUUUCCAGCUCCUUUCCUAAAUAGAACCUUAAGCAUCCAAACACAUGAUUCCGCUUUUAACCACUGACCUAAAUUUUAAGAUGUCUGUGCCAGGCUAGGGGUGCAGCCUCAGAGCUAAGUGGCUUAUCCAGGAUUAAACUUGACCUCAUUAGGACCUAAUUCCAUCUAAGUCUAAAUCAACUGGCUGUGGACCAUAAUCUAACAAGGGCUCUGAAACAAUUCAAAAAAUUCAAAAAGGGUGUGAAAAUUUAAUGACUGGACCAUCCUAUUGAUUUGCAAAACCUAAUAUUCAGCUCUAAAAUCUUGAGUAUGAAGUCUGAGUAUUCCACCAUAAAAAUAGAAGAGAAUUUGUGUUAAGCCAUAGCCUUCACACUUUCUGUUCACUUGUAAGGAACUACGUGAUUAUUUUCAUUCCUGGGAAAACCUCUCCCACCACUGUCACCUGUUGUGUACGUGGGUGUGUAUGAAAUCUGCCCCUGGCCCCUCGCCACCCUGCAGUAUUUCUUUACGAUCCUCAUUCUGCUGUUAGAAAUCCAGAGGAAUGUGAGGAGGAAAGCAAGUAUAAACUUCAUCAUAAUUAUAACAGGUUGUUAAAAAGAUUGUGUUCAUUUCAGAAAAUGUCUUCAUGAGGUCUGGUGGUCUUUUCCCCCAACAAUUUGUAUCUGGUGUUUUGUAAAGCAUUACCAUUUUAUGUGAAGUUAAAGCAGUUACUUUGAAAAAGUUACAUGGGGUAAGUAUAAAAUUGGAAAGGAUAUUUUUGUAGUUUUAAGAAGAGUAAGACUUCUCCAUAUGAAAGUGUUUUCUUGUGAAUUAGAUGAAGCUACACUGUAUUUUAAUAGUUAGGCUCAGAGGUGACACAUUCUGUGCUUUUUCUUCUUGAAGGCAGCUUGGGAGAAGGUAAGACAAGUAGUUGUUCUUUUUAAAGAGUUGGGAAAGCUGCAUAUCAUGCAAUUAAGAAGAGGCUGUAGGAAGUUCUGGUAGCAGCCCCUCCUACACUUAAACUUUAGCCAGGAAGCUGAUUUUGCAUUUGUUAGAAGAAGGUAUUUGUCACAAUGUGUUCAAUUUGGGAAGAGUGUUUUCUUGCUUUUUUUGUCUAAAAUUUGAACAUCAAAAUAUCCAGAUCAACAGGUCAAAUGGAUUGCUUGACUUGGGUGGGUAUUUUUGUGUUAUGGUGGGGAUGUAGAAUUCCCAGAUGGAAUAUAGGACACCACCUAAAUUUUUUUUCUUUUUUCUUUUCUUUUUUUUUGAGACAGAGAGAGUCUUUCUCUGUUGCCCAAGCUGGAGUGCAGUGGUACGAGCUGUGCUCACUGCAGCCUCUGCCUCCCGGGUUCAAGCGAUUCUUCUCUCUCAGCCUUGUGAGUAGCUGGGAUUACAGGCAUCCACCAGCACGCCUGGCUAAUUUUUGUAUUUUUAGUAGAGACGGGGUUUUACCAUGUUGGCCAGGCUGGUCUCGAACUCCUGACCUCAGGUGAUCCGCCCACCUCAGCCUCCCAAAGUGCUGGGAUUACAGUCAUGAGCCACCGCACCCGGCCUAAAUUUGAAUUUCAAAUAAAUAUCAAAUAAUUGUUAGUGUUGUUGUUUACCUGAUUUUCCAAUUGAACUGGGAUUUUUUUUUCCUUCCAAAUCUAGCAUCUCUGGGUGGGGCGGGGGAUGAGGUGGGUGUUGACAAAAGAUAGUCUAUUAUUUUCAGAAUUCAGAAUUUGAAAGUGGUAUCUGUUUAGAACUUUCAUUGUUUUGCUCUUACCUUUAACAUAAAUCACUCUUUUUAAAAAUUUUUAAUUAUAGUAUUGCCUAAGUGUAAUCUUGAACAUGGGCGGUGCUGUGAGUGCUGGUGAAGACAAUGAUGAGCUGAUAGAUAAUUUGAAGGAAGCACAGUAUAUCCGGACUGAGCUGGUAGAGCAGGCUUUCCGAGCUAUCGAUCGUGCAGACUAUUAUCUUGAAGAAUUUAAAGAAAAUGCUUAUAAAGACUUGGCAUGGAAGCAUGGAAACAUUCACCUCUCAGCCCCAUGCAUCUAUUCAGAGGUGAUGGAAGCCUUAGAUCUGCAGCCUGGACUCUCAUUUCUGAACCUGGGCAGUGGCACUGGGUACCUGAGCUCCAUGGUGGGCCUCAUUCUCGGUCCUUUUGGUGUGAACCAUGGGGUGGAACUUCACUCUGAUGUGAUAGAAUAUGCAAAGCAGAAACUGGACUUCUUCAUCAGAACAAGUGAUAGUUUUGACAAGUUUGACUUCUGUGAACCUUGCUUUGUUACUGGGAAUUGCCUGGAGAUUUCUCCGGAUUGUUCUCAGUAUGAUCGUGUAUACUGUGGGGCUGGUGUGCAGAAAGAACAUGAAGAAUACAUGAAGAAUCUUCUCAAAGUGGGAGGGAUCCUUGUCAUGCCACUGGAAGAGAAGUUGACUAAGAUAACGCGCACGGGUCCUUCAGCUUGGGAAACCAAAAAGAUUCUUGCUGUUUCUUUUGCUCCUCUGAUCCAGCCCUGCCAUUCAGAGUCAGGAAAAUCAAGACUUGUCCAGUUACCACCCGUGGCAGUUCGCAGCCUCCAGGACUUGGCUCGCAUUGCCAUCCGGGGCACCAUUAAAAAGGUUAUUCAUCAGGAAACUGUGAGCAAAAACGGAAACGGACUAAAGAACACCCCCAGGUUUAAACGAAGGAGAGUUCGCCGCCGUCGAAUGGAAACGAUUGUCUUUUUGGACAAAGAAGUCUUUGCCAGUCGGAUUUCCAACCCCUCAGAUGACAACAGCUGUGAAGACUUGGAAGAGGAACGGAGAGAAGAAGAAGAGAAGACCCCGCCUGAAACAAAGCCAGACCCCCCAGUGAACUUCCUACGCCAGAAGGUCCUGAGCCUCCCUCUGCCAGAUCCCCUGAAAUACUACUUGCUUUAUUACAGAGAAAAAUAAGUCCCCUGUUUGAAAGGGGGAAAUGAGGAAGAGCAGAUUGCUGAGUGUGAAGUUUGUGCUGCCUAUGUGCUGUUGAACCUGGAGGCAGAUGUUGCGGGGGAGGGAACUGCUGGGCUCGUCCACAUCAUGGGUUUCUUCUUCUGGUUCCUGACUGGCCUCUAAAAUUGUAUUUAGUUGUAUGAUUUCUGUGCGUAAUUCCACAAGACCUUCAUUGCAUAGAAGAUUGUUUUCCCAAAGUGGAGAGACUCUUCAUAGAGAAAAAGAGAAGGCUGUUGCUUUUUCGGCUCUGAUGAAACACUAAAGUGUGUGUAAGAGAGACUGUUUGACGACCGUCCCUCAUACAACAUGCACGUUACUCCCUAAAAAUGAAAACCGAAGUGGAAACUAACCUGUGUUGCUUAUAAAGUGUGAAAGCACAAGCUUAUAAAUGUAUGAAAUCUUUUCUGGGUGUGACGCACCUGCAUCCAAGUUUGAAUUUUUAUGAUAUGUGCCACUUAGUUACUGGCACUGAGUAUCACUGAAUUUUAGUUUCUAGUGGGGAAACAUUAUUGAGAAGCCCUCCCUUAUUUUAAGUAAGUUAAUUAAAUCUUAUGUGAGUUGUCAGUUGUAAUUUUUCAAAGGAAAAAUUUUGAUGGGGUGGAGGAAUGAACUGCCAGAUAAUCUUUCUUGAAUUCCGGGAGAAUUCCAAAGAGGUUUUUUUUUUUUUUUUUUUUUUUUUUUUUUUUAAAUGACAUCUUUUGAUACCUUUAAAAGAAUUACUGCCACGUAAUCCUUAAAAGAAUAUCCUGGAAAAGGAAGCGAGUUUUUUCCUGUGUGUGAGCAGUAAGCGAAGGCACAUGUGCCGUAACCCCUAGGGAUGGUUCUUCACCCAGGUUUAAAGCUCAUCAUGGUUUUCCAAGGUGUUGACACCCUCCAUCCUCAGAGCAGGUAGAAAGUGUUAAAUAGACUGGGACUCGAGGUAGAAAGGAAUUAGACUGGGGACUCUGAUGAACAGCCUGUGCUUUUUGACUUCAGUUUGCUAUUUUUCUGCGAUCACAUUAGAGUACUGAUUCAUAGAUUCUAUCUUUUAUAAUUCUGGAGAAAAAGAGAUUUGUUAGUUUUGUAAUUUUUUUGUAAGAGCAAAUGUAUGUAUUUUAGUAGCUCCAUUGAUGAGAACAGUGUAACUCACACUGACUUGUGGUAUCAGCCUUCUCUGAGCCUUGUGUGUGGAGAGCUUUCUAUCUUACCAAGUGGUAGGGCUAAAAGAACAGCAGCGUUUUUGGUAGUCACAUAGCAGAAUGAUCAGAGUUACAUUGCUUAUUCCAAAACAUUGGUUCUUUUUAAAACAUUUUUUUUUUACCCAAAGAAAAGAAUAAUAUAAAUUAUUAACAAUAAACAUAAAUUCAGGGUGUCGAUGUAGGAUUCGGUAUCCAGAGUUUAUUGUUAAUCUUAAUCCUCAGCUUCUUGGGAGUUGCUGAGCUUCAGUGUCUCUGUGGUUUCGCCACGUUAGCUGAGCUCUGAUUAUUUUGGAUCUUUUCUGCUUUUUUAAGUAACUGAGUCAUUUUUACCACACAAUCCAGUUUGCAUGUAUAGCUGGGAAACGUGUAUUGCACUAGAUUGGCCAGUUUAAGUCAUUUUAAAGAAAGUUAGUUCAUAGUUACUGCCUUUUAACUCAUAGUCAAGCUUCAUUCUUUCAAAGACAAACGUGUGAUUUACAUUUACUUGCUAAUAUUUUGUAGUUUGGAGAUCCUUGUGGGCAUUAUUCUAACAUGUAGACACUUACUUGGAAAUUUUUGGACAUAAUAUUAAAUGAGUGGUAUCUGUGAAAUUGGUUAUAUUAGGUGGCUUGACUAGUUUUUUUUCUAUAAUUGUAUAUGGACUGCAUUUCUUAAAAAACCGCGUAUGCCUUUAUGCUAGAUUGUAAAAAAAAAAAUUGUAUUACAAUGCAUAAGACAUGUUUUUUCCCUCAUAUGCUAGACUUUUCCUAGCAUUUCGUAUUUCUGUGUUGUCAGUGUGUGAUUUUUAAACCAGAAUUUGGUUUAAAAAAAUAUGGUUGUAAUAUAUGUGAGAAAUAGUUUGGUGUUUACCUUUUGAAAAUAAAGGAUUGUAAGUAAGGUUUCCUGCGCACCUUAUACCAGAAUUCAAUAUAAUAUAAUACACUACUUUCUGUUUUCAAACAGAUAAAUCAUAAUAUAGUCUGUGUUGUCUGUAAGAUCUAUCUCGUAAACCACGUUCUUGACAACCAUUUACUUUUGAGUAGUUUGUAUUUUAAUAUGUGACUUCUGUCUUGAAAAGUAGUAUAGCCAUAGACCUGUGCAAAACAAAUUUCAAGUUUAUAGAUAUGAAGUUUGUAAUGAAAGAAUCAAAUGUGUAUGUAAAAAUACUUUUUACCAGUCUGGAACUUGGGAAAAAUCCAAGGAAUUUGCAACGUAGAUUUUAAUGAGCUGGUAAACACAAAUCAUGUCAAUAAAGGUAGUCAGGAUAUUUUAUCCUUAGCAUUGCUUCUGCAUCCUGUGUGGGAUUCGAGUUCUUGAAUAUGUUCUUUUCAAAAUCUUAAGAACCUUUUUUCAUUAUUAACAUGUUUACUUUCAGCAAAUAUUUGUAUUACUGCUUGAUUCUGUGAAAUUCACAGUAGAUGUAGAGAAGGCAUUAUUUUUCAUUAAUAAAUGUGAAAUUGGAAUGGA